AUGACUUCUGCUGGUUACAAAGCCUUCCCACCAUUCAUAUUUCUUUCCACACAACAACUGUUGUUACUACUAUCAUUAUUAUUAUGUCUUGCUUUGAUGUUGCCCUUCAUCAAUGGUACUACUAGUACUACUACCAGCACUAAUAAUACUAUGAGAAGCUGCAUCAAGGCUGAACGAGACGCCCUCCUUGCAUUCAAAGCUGAAAUCAUAUAUCACAAGGUUCAUCCCAUCUCGUCUUGGGGCGAUCAGACUGAUGAUUGCUGCCACUGGGCUGGAGUGCACUGUGAUAGCAAUUCUGGCCAUAUCGUCCACCUCAAUCUCCAACGCAGCCGACCUCGACAAUAUUAUGAUGAUGAUGUAUGGAAUAUUAGGUGUGAUGAGUGGGAUCUGAGUGGCAAAAUCAGCCAAUCUCUUAUUGCCCUCCAGCACCUGACAUACCUUGAUCUCAGUGGCAAUUGCUUCAUCAAUAUCUCCAUCCCAAAGUUGUUGGGUUCGUUGGAGAACCUGAUUUAUCUCGACAUCAGCCACUCGGGCUUCACUGGUGUCAUACCUCAUGAGCUCGGUAAUCUCACUAGACUGCGUUAUCUCAAUCUAGCAACUGAUGAUGGACCUGGCUACAAUGUUGAUGAUGUUGAGUGGCUGUCUAGUCUAUCUUCUCUGAGAUACCUGUUUAUGGAUGGUGCUAGCUUUUUUGGUGUGAACAACACCAUGCAAACACUCAACAAGCUUCCCCAUUUAAAACAGGUUUCUCUGUUUGACUGCAGUAUGAAUAGCAUCCCAGAGUCUCUCCCUUAUCUCAACUUUACCUCCCUCGUUGUCAUGGAUAUUGGCUUCAAUAUGUUCGACAACACUAGUAUCCCAGAGUGGCUCUUCAGAAUAUCCAAGCUACAAAAUCUUAGCAUGGUAGCAUGUGGGUUUACUGGUGCCAUCCCUUCCUCCAUUGGAAAAGCAAAAUCUCUUCAAUUUCUGGACUUGUCUGGAAAUAAAGGAAUUUCUGGUGAUAUGCCUAGAGGAUUUGGAGACCUCUGUAAUCUCCAAUCGCUCCGCUUGGGCCACACUUUUUUGGGGAAAAGCUUGGAGGAUUUCAAAGAUGCAUUCUCUGGAUGUAUUAGGCGAAGUUUGAAUGUACUUUCAUUUGCAUAUAGCUCAUUGCAAGGUCCUCUGCCAAGUUGGUUGGGUGAAUUCAGAAAUCUCACCUUUCUUGAUCUUGCUUUAAAUUCCUUCAAUAGUUCCAUUCCUGCAUCUAUUGGGAGACUGUCGCAGUUGCAAGAAUUGCAUUUUUAUGGCAGUGCACUGAAUGGCUCCAUCCCUGAAUCCAUGGGAAGAUUAUCAAGAUUGCAAUAUUUGGAUCUCAGCCAGAAUGCAUUAAAUGGCUCCAUCCCUGAAUCCCUGGGAAGGCUCUCAAGAUUGCAAACCGUGGAUCUUCGAAGCAACAAACUAAAUGGCCCUCUCCCAGAAAGUCUCUCACAACUUUCAAAUCUGGUUACAUUGGAUCUUAGUUACAACAACUUUAACUACUGCUACUCUAUUAUCACCGAAGCUCACUUGGCCAAUCUCACAAGUCUCAAGUUCCUGGUCCUUGAUCAUACCAAUUUGGUUCUAAAUAUAAGCACUGAUUGGAUUCCAGGGUUUCAAGCUGACCAUAUAUACUUAUCUGAUUGUCACGUUGGACCAAAAUUUCCACUUUGGCUUGCUAACCAAGUGAACCUUUCUUCUUUGGACAUAUCUAAUGCUAGAAUCAAGGAUUCAAUACCUGAUUGGUUCUGGAACAUCACAUACACUAUAAGAUUCUUAAAUCUCAGCAACAAUGAGAUAUAUGGAAGGCUACCUCAACGCUUGAAAUUUCAAAGCAAAGAAGAUAGAUUGGGAAUAUUCCUUGGCUCCAAUUGCUUUGAGGGACUUGUUCCUUAUUUUCCUCCUAAUGUUUAUGCACUGGAUUUAAGCAAUAACUCAUUUUCUGGAGCCAUUCCCUAUGAUCUUGGAAACUUUGGAGGAAUAAGACCCUGGCUCACUUUUCUCUCUUUCUCUUCAAACAACUUGGUUGGUAGCAUUCCGAAUUCUCUUUGUAAUUUUGUGGACCUUGUGUCAUUAGAACUCUCCAACAAUCGCUUGGAAGGAGUGAUCCCUGACUGUUGGAACAAUUUGAUGGAUUUACAAUACCUCAUCUUGGCAAACAACUUAUUGGUGAGUGAAGUUCCAGAUUCCUUUGUAAGUUCCUCGCAAUCGUUACAGGUGUUGCACUUAAGCAACAACCAACUGCAUGGACAGUUUCCAUCAUUCUUGAAGGAGUGCACUUCUAUUACCACUCUUGCUCUUGACCACAACAACUUAUCAGGAAAGAUUCCAAGUUGGGUGGGAGAAACUAUGACUUCAUUGAUGAUCUUCACCUUGAAAGAAAAUAAGUUCUCAGGAAACUUGCCUUUAUUAUCUAAUCUCACAUUACUUCACUUUUUGGAUUUUUCCCACAACUCAUUUGUAGGGAACAUACCACAUUCAUAUGGCAACCUCAAAGGCAUGAUAAAUAUUAGUAUGGAUGGUGGAGCAACGUUUUCUGCUAACAUAUCAGGAGAACUCGUAAUUAAGAUCACCGUGUCAACAAAAGGAUUAGAACUCCAAUUUGGAGUCACUCUUUCAUCUUUCAAAUUCAUAGAUCUUUCUGAAAAUAAUCUAUCAGGCCAAAUACCCAAAAACAUUGUUAAUCUAGUUGGAUUGCAAAACUUGGAUUUAUCACGUAAUCAUUUGUCAGGCAAUAUCCCUAGCAAUAUUGGUCUAAUGCAGUCAUUGGAAUCUCUUGAUCUGUCAAGAAAUGAGCUCACCGGGUCAAUACCUCUAAGUCUCUCUACAUUAAAUUUUCUAGGAAGCUUAAAUCUAUCACAUAAUAACUUAUCUGGGAAAAUCCCUUACGCUGACCACUUGACCACUUUUAAUGAUCCAUCUAUUUAUGUAAAUAAUCUUAAUCUAUGUGGAACUCCUCUAGGUAAGCUUUGCAUAAGUACUGAACCACCAUCAAAUAGGCAUGAUCAAGAAGAUGAUGAUGAUAACGAUAGUCCACCUAUUUGGUUUUGUAUUGGUUUGAUGCCAGGAUUUGUGGUUGGGUUUUGGACAGUAUGGGGAAUACUACUAUUCAAAAAAGAAUGGAGCCACAUUUAUUUCAGGUUUCUCGACCACACAUAUGACAUGAUAUAUGAAAAGAUAAGUCAUUGUACUCAGUAA